AUAAAUGCCUACGGAUAUUUGUAUCGAUAAUACUCAGAGCUCUGUUUAGAUUCAUUGCUAACAGUAGUUCUAUUCUAGUAAAAAGGAGAAACAUGGGUUUGAGCGGAUGCAUGUCUUGUCUGAAGUACCUCCUGUUUGCCUUCAAUUUCAUAUUUUGGCUUGCUGGAAUUGCAAUUCUUGCUCUUGCCAUAUACUUUCGCGUUGAUUCCACGACUCAAAACAUCUUGACUUCAGACGAAGAAAAACGCCAGCUGUUCAAUGGAGUAUGUUAUGUUCUCAUGGCUGCAGGAGGUGCUAUCAUGGUUGUUGGAUUCUGUGGAUGCUGUGGUGCCGCUCAGGAGUCCAGAAUGCUUUUAACCCUGUUCGCAGUUGCUCUGUUCUUGUUACUCGGAUCCGAGAUCGGUGCUGGCGUGUACACCGCCUUCCAUAGACAACAGGUAUCGGACGCGGUCAACGAAGGUGCAUUAGAACUGUGGAAAGGAUCUGCUGCCACGAAUGCAACGGGAAUCAUCGUUGAUGAGAUUGAAAGAGACUUGGACUGCUGUGGUUACAACAAUGCCGCCGAUUACUGCGAUCUGGACAAAAUCUCCGACGGUGGAUUUGGUGACAUCAUCAUCAAGUCGCUCUCUACCACCUUGAACUGUGCGACCAAAGCCUUGACUGUUCUGGACUACUGCCCUUCUCUGGAAUCGAUCACAAUCGGAUGUCGCGAUCGCAUAAAGGAAGUUUUGGAGAAGAAUAUUGACAUUGUUGUAGCUGUUGCAAUCAGCAUUGGGGUAAUCGAGCUUCUCGGCCUGAUAUUCAGCAUCCUUCUCUGUCAAGCUAUCGGACAGGACUACACUUCAGGGAAGUUGGCGUAAUAACAAAUAACUCACAUUUCACAGUGGUACCAGUCGGAUACGUUUUCAACAUUAAAAAAAAGAUCAAGCAUGGUUCGCAGGGGCUAUGAAUGAUUGUUUUUAUAUUGCAUUUUUCUUUGUUUUACUCACAUUUCUGUAUCAAAUCACAAACAUAAAUUCCGUUCACACAAGGUAUUGCAUCGAAAUCUAACGUUCGAAAUAUCACAUCAGAAAUCGUCUCCAGUUUUUUUUUUUUUUUAAAUCUGACGUCGCAAUCGGGCGUGAGGUCAUAAAUGUUGAUUUAUUAAAAAGUGAUUAGUACAAUAACGUAAAUGUAAAGUUAUUUGACUUAUAUUCAUUUUAUGCACCGUUCAGGCUUAAAAUAGGAAUCGUUGUGAAAUAUCUAAUAUGGACCGAAUUGUUUAAUUAAUCUCAUUAUUAACAUAAACUGAUUUAUUUUGUGUUACUAAAAAAUCAGGGUGAAAUUUCUGACACUCGUUACUGAUAUCACACAAAUUUCUUUGUUUCCACUUCGUUUUUACUAUUGCAUUGUAUAAAUUGCAUUUCUUUGUCGACGUAACAUCAAAUAUUGCACGAUUUGCUGUGUAUCAUGAAA